CCUGAUUUGAUUUGUUUGUCUUGAAAUUUUCUAGCGGACGGCGCUAUCCCAUAUGCGGCUUGGGGCGGGGAUGGCGAUAUUAUUCGAUGAUGAAAGUGGGAUGGACGAAAAAUCGGGGUGCGAUUUCGGACGCCAUUAAUAUUUUGUGAUCAAUUGAUGUGAACUGGUGAAGGUCUUGAUCGGCUAUUUAUUAAUAUUAAUAUUGGUUGACGUGCCCCUUCUGAGAUUAUCGUCGACUCUCAUCGUGUAUUCUACCAUCCGAAAAAAUGGCCCAGCAAAAGUCAGCCAUUCUGUCCGUCUACGACAAGACCGGACUGCUUGACCUAGCCAAAAGCCUGGUUAAGCACAACGUCCGUCUUCUCGCCUCCGGUGGCACGGCCAAAUUGAUUCGCGAAGCCGGGUUUCCAGUCGAGGACGUAUCUGCCAUCACAAAUGCCCCCGAAAUGCUUGGUGGCCGCGUCAAGACUCUCCACCCGGCUGUCCACGGCGGAAUCCUCGCUCGCAACAUCGAGUCCGACGAGAAGGAUCUGGCGGAACAGAAAAUCGACAAGGUCGACUACGUGGUGUGCAAUCUGUACCCAUUCAAGGACACCAUCGCUAAGCCGAACGUGACUAUUGCGGAAGCCGUCGAAGAAGUCGAUAUUGGCGGCGUGACUCUACUACGCGCCGCUGCGAAGAACCACUCCCGUGUCACGAUCCUGUCUGAUCCAAAUGACUAUCCAGAAUUCAUCAGCGAGCUCGAGGCUGGAGACGUCUCAGACAAGACUCGCAAGUUGUUCGCGCUCAAGGCCUUUGAGCAUACGGCAGACUACGACACUGCCAUCUCGGCCUAUUUCCGUAAGCAAUACGCAGGCGAAGGUGUCCAGCACCUGUCCCUCCGCUACGGCACCAACCCACACCAGAAGCCUGCGGCUGCGUAUGUUGCUCAAGGAAAGCUGCCGUUUAAGGUGCUCGGGGGCUCUCCUGGAUACGUCAACCUGCUAGAUUCGCUUAAUGCUUGGCCGCUUGUCAAGGAGCUGAAACAGGCUUUAGGUCUGCCCGCAGCAGCCAGUUUCAAACACGUUUCUCCUGCUGGUGCAGCCAUUGGCGUUCCAUUGAAUGAGAAGGAGCGCAAGGUUUACUUUGUCGAUGAUAUUGCCGGCAUUGAAUCUUCUGGUCUUGCGCAAGCCUACGCUCGUGCACGAGGUGCUGACCGUAUGUCGAGCUUCGGAGACGUCAUUGCUCUUAGCGAUAAAGUCGAUGUUCCGACUGCGAAGAUAAUCUCCAGAGAGGUUUCUGACGGCGUGAUUGCCCCCGACUAUGAGCCUGAAGCUCUUGAGAUCUUGAAGAAAAAGAAGGGCGGGAAAUACCUUGUUCUUCAAAUCGAUGAAACAUACACCCCGCCACGAACCGAGACGCGUACGCUGUACGGCGUCCAGCUCGAACAAGGCCGAAACGACGUUGUCAUCUCUCCCAGCAAGACCUUCAACAACAUCAUCACACCCAAGGAAUCAAAAGGCCUUCCUGAUGCCGCUCUCCGCGACUUGACCGUGGCGACGAUUGCCCUCAAAUACACCCAGUCCAACUCCGUCUGCUACGCACUGAACGGCCAGGUCGUCGGUCUUGGAGCCGGCCAACAGAGCCGUAUCCACUGCACGCGCCUGGCCGGCGACAAGGCCGACAACUGGUGGAUGCGGUUCCACGAGCGCACGCUCGGCAUCAAGUGGAAGGCCGGGGUCAAGCGCGCCGACAAGAGCAACGCCAUCGACAUGCUGACCUCGGGACAAAUCCCACGCACUGAUGUCGAGAAAGCCGACUACGAGCGCGUCUUCGAGGAAGUGCCAGCCCCCUUCACGGCGGAGGAGCGCGAGGCCUGGUUGCAGCAGUUAACCAACGUGGCUGUCUCCUCCGACGCCUUCUUCCCGUUUAUCGACAACGUAUUCCGUGCUGCACGCUCUGGAGCGAAGUAUAUUGCUGCGCCUAGCGGCAGUCAGAACGACGGCCCCGUCUUUGACACUGCUGAGAAGCUGGGUAUCACAUUUGUCGAGCAGGGCACUCGUCUGUUCCACCAUUAAGGCGGGUUUUACACAUGGGAAUGGGUAAAAGUUUAUGGAGAUACCUGGCUUUUUUCUGUUGAUUGGAUGAUACAAUUUUAAAAUUCACCAUACCACAAUUUGCUAGUAGAUAUCCAAGUCUACUCUGAAGCUUAUAAUAUAAGAAUACAAUAAUGGUAAAUAAUCAGCGCCGACCGCUAAAAGGCUUGAGCUGGCUGUGGCCAAUCAAAGGCUGCCGCAGGCUCAGCUGCGGCCUCCCGCACCAAUCAGAGCCUGCAUCUUAUUAUGGCCCCACCUCAGCUGGCGUCAGUUCAUGAAAAUCACAACAAUCAUAAGUUAAAUAAUUAAUAUUAA